GAUAACACUGUUGUCAUGCACAGCAUUGAGCCAACAACUAGGACUGCAGCUGAAGCUGCUCCUAAACCUCUGAAAGAUCCAAAACAAUCUCUCACCAAGGAUACAAAACUGAACCAACAGUCUGAUAAUACCAACAACUCUGAAAUGUUUCAAAAGCCCGUGGAGGAGCUGGAGCCCACACAAACUCGGAAUAAGACCAGGCAUAGCAAAGAUGUUUGUUCAUUCUGUGACAAAAUAAUUGAGGGAUAUGUCAAGAUCAAAUUCAGUGAACCUCUGGUGCAGUGCCACCCUGACUGUCUAAAGUGUGGUGUGUGCGCUAAGGCCCUGGGAGAUAUGCUGACCCCCAUGUUUUUGCUUAACCAAGUGAUCCAAUGUGAUGGCUGCUUUGCAAAAGCUCUAAGACCUAAAGCCUAACUGGGACAAAUAUGUCAUCAGAGAAGACCCAAACCAUACUGUGAUUAAUGUGUUGUUGGGGGUGGGAACUCACCACUGUUGCCUUAAGCCUGUAUUCUGUCUUUUGAAAGAAUUUCCCUACUGAAAGUUGUUUAGGAUAUAGUGUAUUGUCAGGAUUAAGCAUUCUAUUAGGAAAAGGUUUGGUAGC